AUGGAGAGGCGAAGAGAAAACCUCGUUGACCUCAUCCAAGCUGCAUUUGCAACUGUAAUUAGGCGUGAAAUAAUGAAUGCAGAUACGCAAUCAUAUGAAGAAAUGGAAAAAGCAUGGGAUGAAUAUUCUAUAGAAAAAGAUCAAAAAUUUCUCGAUGCUUGUGACAAAUUCUUGAAUGAUGCAAUCCAGGUAAAAGAGAAAAUAGAAGAAUUAUAUGGAUUUGAAGUUAAAUCAAAACCGUUAUCAUAUUAUACUGGAAAAACAGCGCCAAAAUCCAAUAAUCAGCCUGUCAAAGUGAUAAAUGAGAAGAAACAAGAACCUUCCACUCCAAUUUUAACACAAAAACUUGAAAAUUCACAAAUUUCAAUUUCAACUCAAGAAAAUACUCAGAAAAAUCAAGUCCCUACUCAAGAAAGUUUGCAAGAAGAAAUUGAACAGUCUCAAUCAACUCCAUCUAUUAAUGAAAACAAAUUUAGUUCAUUUUUAACGACAGAUACAGAGUUUUCCGAAUCAAAUACAUCAUAUAACACUACUCCUCAACGGUCAUAUCAGUUUAAUAGCGUUCAACAACGUUUGAACAAAUUUAUCCCUUCAAAUGAAGCUCAAACUCAAUUUUCGGAAUUACCGAAGUCUACACAUGAUCCUGAUACUCCUAAAACGGCUGAAAAUCCUCAAAAUUCGUUUCAUUUUAUUUCAUCAACUGAUACUGAUACUCAAUCGCAAAUAUCAGCCAAGGAUCAAGUUAGUCAGUCAAUAGAUCAAAGUGAAAUCCAGAAAAUGCUUGAAACAGAAACAGAAAAUUAUGAUUCUGGCGAAAUCCCAAUUAAUAAAGAAGAAAAUCAGUCUAAUCCAAAUAGAACACAAGAAAAUGUUUCACAGAAAGAAACUUCCCAGCAAGAGAGGCCUAAAAAUCAACCAGAUAAUAUUCAAACUGAAAAUCCUAAAAAUGAUACAAACCUAUCCUCAGAUACUAAUAAAAACCCUACUCCUGCACCAGAACAACCGAGAAACUUAUCGACAAAUCUUUCUGGACCUUCAGAUUUCGUCAAAACUAAAAAUGUCAAGAACACACCUUUAGAAAGGGUUGACAAUCCAUGGUGGGACUUUGAUAGCUUUAGUCAAUAUAAGUAA